AUGUGGCAUUUCAACAAUAACGAAGAUAAAAGUUAUGCAAACGACAGACUUCGAAAACCGACACCUUUAGUGAACAAAUUAUUGGAUAGAUUUCAAAUGAUCAUCAAACCAGGGUCUGAUGUAUGCAUUGAUGAAACCCUCGUCCCAUUCCGUGGUCGCCUUAGAUUCAGGCAAUAUAUAAAAAAUAAGAAAAAUAAAUUUGGAAUAAAAUUGUAUAAGUUAUGUACUGCCGGAGGUUAUACAUUUAAUUUGAAAAUAUACUGUGGACUUGAUAACACAGGUGGAGGCAAUGCAUCAUCUAACGCUGUUAUGUCUUUGAUGAGUGAGCUUUUAGACACUGGACGGAUACUUUACACUGACAAUUAUUAUACCAGUGUUUCAUUGGCUACCCAAUUGUUACAAAGAAAAACGCAUCUCGUAGGAACAGUGCGGUUCAAUAGAAAAGGAAACCCAAAAGAAGUAUUGAAUAAAAAAUUGAAAAAACAUGAAGUAAUAGGUCAGGAGAGCGGUACCGGCAUUGUAAUGCUCAAAUGGAAAGAUACUCGUGAUGUGUUACUAUUGACCACAGUACACACUGAUGAAAUAAUCAAAGUUCAUCAGCGUGGAAAAGAAAUUGAAAAACCGCAAGCUAUAGUUGAUUACAAUAAAUCGAAAGCUUAUAUUGACUUGUCAGAUCAGCUAAAAACUUCUUCACAUUGCCUUAGAAGGGGCAACAAAUGGUACCGGAAACUAGCAAUUGAAUUAAUUUUUGGUUCUACAUUGGUCAAUGCAUUUAUUUGUACAAAGAAGUAA